CGCCGAUGCGCGCGGCCGCCCGUGCCGGGGCUCCCAGGCCGCGCCGGGCCCGGGGCUGAGGGACCCCGCGCGGCAUGCCCGGCCCGGCCCGCCGCCCGCCGCCUCCCAGGGCCCGAGCCCGCGCGGCCCGCACCGAGCCCGGCGGCGCCGUGUAGCGCAGCGGGAGCGGGAGCGCGGGAGCCCGACGGCGCGGCCGCAAGGUCACCGCGCACCAUGGAGGCCAAGGUCCGCCAGAGCCGGCGCUCCCGCGCGCAGCGGGACCGCGGCCGGCGCCGGGAGGCGGCCCGCGACGCCCGCGACCAGAGCGCGUCGUCGGGCGACGAGACCGAGCCGGGGCCCGGCAAGGAGAACGCGGGCCUGCCACGCGCGCCCGCGCCCCGCGCCGCCGCCGUGCGCCCCCCGCGCCGCCGCCGCCGCGAGUCCAGCUCGCAGGAGGAGGAGGUCAUCGACGGCUUCGCCAUCGCCAGCUUCAGCACGCUGGAGGCCUUGGAGAAGGACAUGGCCCUGAAGCCACACGAACGGAAGGAGAAAUGGGAACGUCGCCUCGCCAAGAAGCCCCGCGAGUCAGAAAACUGCCCGUCUACAGAACCGAGCGAGAACGGGCGGCCCCUGGAGAUGGGCGGCCCCGAGCAGGACCUGGAGCCUGCGUGCGACCGGGGGAAGAAGGUCCCCCUGCAGCCCACCAAGCAGAUGAAGGCCACAGCGUCCAGAGGGGGCGACCGCCACAGUGGGGAUGACAGCUUCCACGAAGCCACCAGCUCCCGGAGGAGCAGUUCUCGGGACCAGCUCAGUGACAGCUCUGCGCAGGCCGUCUCCGGCAGGGGCUACUCGUGUGACAGCGAGAGCGAAGGGGACGACAAGGCAUCUGUGGGCUCCGAGAAGCUCUUUGCCCCAGCAGCCGAUAAAGACCCCACGCUGGGCGAGGAGGCCGAGGCCAAGGCCGGAGCGCCAACCAAGGUCUCGGGCCUGGAGCGCAGCCGCGAGCUGAGCGCCGACCCGCCGCCCUUCCUGCCCGCCGUGCGCAGCCCCGCGCCCCCCGCCGGCCCCGCGCCGGGCGCCCCGGCCAACCCGCCGGUCAAGAAGGAAGCCCCCGCCCUGCCCCGCCUCACCCCGCAGCCGCCGCCCGCGCCCCCGCAGCCCCGCGCCCCGCUCCCGACGCACGUGCCUCUGCCCCUGGGCGCCUUCGCGGGCCCGGGCCCGGCAGCGCACAACGGCCUGCACAGCCUCAGCAGGAGCAGCAGCGCCAGCAGCAGCGCCAGCCUCGGGCUCGCGAAGCACGCGUCCCUGUCGCCUCUCGGGCCAGGCCCCCACCUGUCUACCUCACACCUGGCGCUCCGCCCGCAGGCCCAGCACCAGCACCACGCGGCGGCCAUGUUCGCCGCCCCCCCGACACUGCCCCCGCCCCCGGCGCUGCCGGCCAACAGCCUGGUCAUCCCAGGACACCCUGCCGAUGCCAGCCUGUUGAUCUCAUUCAGCCAGCCAAUCAUGUAUUGCCAGCCUCAUUCGGGGAUUCUGAUUGAUCACGAGCUGCUCAGGCAAGAGCUGAACGCGCGUUUUCUGGUCCAGAGCGCUGAGCGGCCCGGCGCCCCCCUGGGCCCGGGGGCUCUGCUGCGGGCGGAGUUCCACCAGCACCAACACACACACCAGCACACACACCAGCACCAACACACAUUCGCCCCCUUCCCCGCGGGGCUGCCCCCGACGCCGCUCCUGCCGCCCGCCGCACCCCCGCCGUUUGACAAAUACGCGCCCAAGCUGGACAGCCCCUACUUCCGACAUUCCAACUUUUUCCCGUCCUUCUCUUCUGCCAUCCCCGGACUGCCCACCCUGCUCCCACACCCAGGCCCCUUUGGGUCCCUACAGGGUGCUUUUCAGCCCAAGACUUCAAACCCAAUCGAGGUAACGGGUCGAGCCAGUGCUGUUCACACCCUCCUCCAGAAAGCCCCCGGGGUUUCUGACCCAUACCGGACGGCAGUCAGGAAGCCUGGGAAGUGGUGUGCUGUGCACGUGCAGAUCGCCUGGCAGAUCUACCACCACCAGCAGAAGAUGAAGCAGAUGCAGCUGGACCCCCACAAGCUGGAGGUGGGCACCAAGCUGGACUUGUCCAGCAGACCCCCCGCCCCGGGCGUGUUUGCCGGAUUCCACUACCCGCAGGAGCUGGCCCGGCCCCUCUUCUCUGGCUCGGGUGCAGCCCACCCCACUACCAGCCCAUUCGGACCCUCGGCCCAUCCCGGCAGCUUCCUGACCACCAGUCACCUGACAGACCCGUUCAGCAGGCCAGGCACCUUCGGGGGCCUGGGGAGUCUGGGCAGCAACGCCUUCGGGGGCCUGGGGAGCCACGCACUGACUCAGAGCAGCGGCAUCUUUGCCCCCAAGGAGAGCUCUGCGCUGCACGGCCUGCCCAGCCCCCACGAGGCCUGGAACCGACUGCACCGGGCGCCCCCCUCCUUCCCCACGCCGCCCCCGUGGCCUAAGCCUGUGGACCCCGAUCGGGUCUCAGCCCUGACCAACCACGACCGGGAGCCGGACAAGGGCCGGGAGGAGCGGGAUCGGGACCUCCUGGAGAAGACGCGCCUGCUGACCCGGGCCUCGCCCGCAGCCCCCGUGGGCUACCCGGUCGGGAGCCUCCUGCUCCGCGGCCAGGGCGAGCCGUGCCGGCCCGGGGUCCCCGCCGAGCGCGAGGCUGAGCCCCGCAUCAAGGAGAGCCGCUCCCCGGCCCGGGAGGACGGCGCCAAGCCGCCUGCGCGCGCGCCGUCUCCCUACAGCAAGGCGGCCCUGGGCGACAGCCUGCGCCUGGCGGGCCUCCUGGGCCGAGAGCCGGGGAAGCUGCCCGACGCGCCGGCCGAGCGGCCCCAGGGCGACGUGAAGGUCAAGGAGGAGCGCAGGGAAGACGGCGACGCGCCCGAGCCCCCGGCCGGCCCGCCCCCUGCGCCCGAGCGCCCGCGCGCCGCCCCCGCGCCCCUGCAGCUCGGCCCCAGCCCCGCGGGCCGCGAGCGCCUGGGCUUCCCGUGGGAGCCCCUGCGCGACGCCUACCGCGGCCUGGAGCUGCCCCGGCGCGCCCUGCCCGCCGCCCCGGCCGCCCUGUUCGAGCCCUCCGAGCGCCCCUACCGCGACCGUGAGCCGCACGACUACAGCCCCGAGCGCCUGCGGGAGGCGCGCCGCGAGGAGCUGGAGCGCGCGCGGGCCACGCACCUGGGCGCCGCCGCGCACCUGCCGCCCGGCGCCGCGCACCUGCCCGACGGCGCCGCGCACCUGCCCGCGCUGGGCGCCCUGCACUACCCGCGCCUCGGGCCCGCCGCCGCCGCGCUGCACAGCGGGCUCCUGGCGCGGACCCCGCCCGCCGCCGCGGCGCUCGGCGCGCCACCCCCGCUGGUGGCCGCGGGCGGGUCCCCCACGCCCCCCGGGCCGCCGCCGCCGCGGAGCAGGACUACGCCGCUCGGGGCCCACGGGCCCGAGGCGCGCGACUAUUCCCCGUCCCGCAACCCCCAGGAGGUGGAGGCGCGGUAGUCCCCGCGGGACCCCGCGCCGCCUGUUCGGAGACCCUCCUACAAAUGCACUGCUGUAAACUUUUCUACGUGGACGUUUCUAGAACCUAAGCACAGCGCCGUCAGCCCUGGGGUGACACUCGCUUUCCGCUCAAAGCCUGCGGAGUCGGGGGGGGUUCAUCCACAGCCUUGCUGGGGGUGAGCUUUUGUUUUCCGAGCUCGAGGUUAGGCCACUGGAAGAGAAUAAGAGUUUGUACAUCUUUUCCCACAGGUGAGAAGCGUUUUUAAUAGAUUUGUAUUUUUUUCAAUUUUGUGCUCUUUAGACAUUUAAAACAAGAAACUUUUGCUUUUUUAUCUUCAGUUCGGAUUUGCAAUGUAAAGGCCUCAGAUUCCUCUCUAGAGCCCCAGGAUCUUUUUGUCUUAUUUAUGGAGAAAACACGGUCAUUUUGUCCAGCGCACUGUGAGGCCCCACUUCAGGCCGGCCCUGGCCCUCCCUUGGUACUUGGAACCGAAGUUACAGAUCUAUAUUAAAAUAAUAAUAAUGUACAAAACUUUUUUUGCCUUAUUAUGCAGAAGUGUUAAGAGGAUUUCUUUUUCAGUUUGUUUUUAAAAAAAGAAAUAUGUAAAUAGUCUGUUAAUAUAAAUAUAUGGCGUUAUUAAAUUCUUAACCUGGGUAGACUUUAUAAAAAAAAUUUCUAGAAACCUCUCUGGUUAUUUGUUUAACAUGGUCACUCACAAAAACAAAAAAACAAACCUCGCUGUCAGUUGGAAACGCCCGAAAGUUUAACUGCAGCACCGACCCUUCAACUAUGCAAGCGCCCCGCGGUGGGGCCUGGCCGCUCCGGGGAACGCGGUUCCGAGCGGUCCCGCGGGGCUCCGGGUCCCCGGCCCCAGGGCCCCGCCCUUCCGGGGACUGGCCGGCUCUGGCCACAGGACACUUCUGUGGACCCUGGUUUCGAUUGUGCAGCGGUCUCGGAAUCUGUACCUGACAAGCAGACUUUUAGGAGUGAAGAGUCUAAAGGUUCAUCACAAAAAGAAACGGUAACUUCUGUUUUCUCUCCUGCGCAGAGGCCGUCAGCAGACAUUGCUCAGCGUGGCCCUACCCCGGCCGAGGCCUUGGCAUGAUUUCCUUUUGCUUUCGGUUUUGCUUUCAUAACCGCCCGAAUGUCACCUCGUCCUGCCCGCAGCACCCUUUUCUGUUCCCUGACGGCCACACCUGUGUCCACGGCACUUUUGAACCUUGUCGGUUCGACCAGUUCUGUAUUUUCAACCCCCGUUUCCACUGUGGACUCUGGUUGCUUUAAACAUUCAGUUCUCGUGUCAAUCAAUGAAGAUAAAUACAGUCUUGAUUUCGGAUCACAA